AUGAAAAUCCUGACAUGGAACAUAAAUGGAAUAAGAGCCAGCAAAACAUCAUUGAAGAAUUUAUUUGAAUCAUUAGACGCAGAUAUCAUAUGCUUACAAGAAACGAAAGUUACACGUGAUAUGUUAGAUGAACCAUCAGCUAUUGUAGAAGGUUAUAACUCUUAUUUUAGUUUUUCAAGGAAAAGAAGUGGCUAUUCAGGUGUGGCAACAUUCUGCAAAGAAAAGUUUACACCAGUGAAAGCUGAGGAAGGAUUGAGUGGAUGUUUAACUCAACAAACAGAUGAUAAUGUUGGUUGCUAUGGUUACACAGAAGAUUUUGAUGAGGACAGUAAAGAAUUAGAAAAUUUAGAUGCUGAAGGACGAGCUGUUAUUACUCAACAUGAGUUUAAGAAUAAAGAUGGAGAAUCAGAAUUUGUAUCUAUUAUCAAUGUUUAUGUACCAAGAGCAGCUGAUAGAGAAGAUAGAAAACAAUACAAACUCAGAUUUCUCUCCUUGUUACAGAAUAGAGCUGAGACUAUAAUCAACAAUCCUAAACAUCAUGUGAUAGUUUUAGGAGAUAUAAAUACAACUCACAGAGCAUUAGAUAAUUGUGAUACAGAAAGUGAGGAAUUUACCAUCAGACCCAGUAGAUUAUGGAUGAACCAGUUUUUAAUUGAAAAAGACAAAGAUCCUAAUCUGAAAUGCGAUGAUGAAGAAAGGCAUAUUUUAGGUGAAACAAUGACUCCUCAUCUUAUUGGUGGAAAGUUCGUAGAUUCCUAUAGACAGUUACACCCAGACGUCAGUGAUGCAUUUACAAACUGGUGUACAACAACCAAUGCUCGUGAAAAUAACUAUGGCCGGCGAUUAGAUUAUAUCCUCACUAGUGAAGAGUUUCAUUCUAAAUAUGUGCAGGAAGCUGUUGUUAUGCAAGAAAUUGAAGGAUCGGAUCAUUGUCCUGUCAAGGUUACAUUUAGUUGUGAAAGUGUUACUCCCAAAAAAUGUCCGUCUUUGUGUACGAAGUAUAUGCCAGAAUUUAAAGGAAGUCAGUUGAAAUUAUCAAAUUUUUUUAUCAAGAAAUCAAACAGUGUCAUAAUUAAGGAUGUUUCUCCUGAAAAUUCUUCCGAAAUCUCUACUACAUCAGUCAGUGUAACAAAUUUGAAAAAAAGAGCGCCUGACAACUCUGGUAUGAAUGCAUCAAAACGUGUGAAAGUUGAAAUUGGUAAACAAACAAAUUUAAGUAAUUUUUUCAACAAACCAAAGGCCACUACUCAAAAAUUAGAAACUAAACAAUUAACUUUGCAAUUCACAGACACUUCUCCAAAAAAAGAAAAGAUAACUCUCCCCACAGAAAAAGUUUCUCCAUUCUUUAAAAAAGAAUCAAUUCCAAAGAUUCAAAGUGAAUCUCAUCAAAAUUCAGCUUCUGCUUGGAAGAAUUUACUGUCAGGUCCAGGAAAGGCACCAUUAUGUAAAGGUCAUAAAGAACCAUGUGUCUUGAGAACUGUGAAGAAAGAUGGGCCAAACAAAAACAAACAAUUUUAUGUGUGUGCUAGAGGUGAAGGUCAUAGUUCUAAUCCUGAAGCUCGUUGUGAUCAUUUUGUUUGGGUGACUCAUAAACCAAAAUAACCAUUGAAGUUUAUUUUUUUAUAUGUAUGUAUAUUGAAAGGUGGUUGCAUGUGUGCUCAUUUAUUGACUUUAGAUACAUUAAAUUCUGUUCCUUGAA